AUGAAGAUACAUAUGUGUGUGUACUACGAUCCAAUGUUGUUUGCAAACUGUGCAGUGAAGUCAAUCGUGCCACAAUGAGGAAUUAUGUGUUGUGUCUAUCAUUUUCGUUACUAGUAUGCUACGCUAGUUCCGCGAACAUAUUAGCAAUAUUCCAUGCCCCUUCAAAAAGCCAUCAUAAUCUUGCUGUUAAAUAUCUUAGACCCCUAGCCGAAAGAGGACACCAUAUAACCCUAGCAAGUCCUCAUGUCUUAAAGAAUCCUCCGAAAAAUUGGAGGGAUGUUGUCUUUAAGGAUUUAGGGAAAGAUGUUAUGACAGAUGGAAAAAUCAUGUACAAAAUGGCUGGAAUGUCAAGCUACAUGAAGGAAAUUAUAACUGGCACCAUAGGGGCGAGAUUUACUUCCCAGUUUUUGGAGCAUCCGGCAUUUCAGGAUCUUCUCAAUCUUAAAGAUCAAUUUGAUGUGAUAAUAAUCGAGAGAUUUAUGAAUGAUGCUCUGUUAGGUCUUGUACACCAUUUCAAAGCUCCUUAUAUUUGGUUCGGAUCAAUGGGAUACUCUCGCUGGACUAACGAUUUAAUCGGUAAUCCGGGAUCACCUGCAUACAUACCCGAUUUGUUUCUGGAUUAUACCAGCAACAUGAACUUAUGGCAGAGAUUUCAUAAUACUUUCUUCUUCUGUUUUGCACAAUUACAUACCUACUUUUCCGCAUGGCCUCAACAAGAAAAACUAUAUGAAAAAUAUUUUCCUGGAGCUCCCAAAAUGAAAGAUUUAUAUUACAAUGCUUCCUUAGUAUUUUUGAAUACACACGUAAGUAUCAAAUAUGCCGUUCCAUCAGUGCCAAAUAUGAUCGAAAUUGGAGGUUAUCAUGUCACUCCUCCCGAAAGUUUACCUAAGGAUCUUAAAGAUUACUUUGACAAUGCCCCCAACGGAGUCAUAUAUUUUAGUUUGGGGUCUGUAGUUCAAGGAAAAGACAUGCCAGAAGAAACAAGAGAUGCGAUCUUAAGAGUUUUUUCGAAUCUUAAACAGAAAGUACUUUGGAAAUGGGAAGCCGAUGUAACCUUUAAGGUACCAUCCAAUGUGAAGUUUGAAAAAUGGCUGCCGCAAAAUGACUUGUUAGCUCAUCCGAACUUAAAAUUAUUUAUCACUCACGGAGGAUUACUUAGUACCAUAGAAGCAGUUUACCAUGGGGUUCCUCUAUUAACAUUGCCCGUCUUUGCAGAGCAGCUUAUGAAUGCUGCAGAAACUGAAGAAUACGGAUACGGAUUACAACUUCCGUUUGCGAAAUUCGACGAAGAGAAGUUUAAACAACUUCUUACCGAAAUUCUUAACAAUCCAAAGUAUAAAAAUAAUGUUCAAACUCGAUCAAAAAUUCUUAAAGACCAAGAAACCACUCCUAUAGAUCGAGCCAUAUUUUGGACUGAAUACGUCAUUAGACAUAAAGGUGCACCCCAUUUAAGAUCGGUUACACUCAAUUUAAAGUGGUAUCAGUACCUGUUAAUUGAUGUGUUAGCGUUAGCUGCUGUGAUAGUUUUUGUUAUUUAUUAUGUACUUAAAUCUUGUCUUUCGCUAAUUUUUAAUAAGAAAAAAAAUGCUGAUAUCAACAGGCAUAAAAAGACAAAUUAGUGCACUCAGUUUUGUAGAAAAGUAUCACAUUGCGAAUAGGUAUACAUAUGUGUAGAGAUAAUAUUUAAUUAAAUACAUUUUGACAUUUA